AGAACACGCAGGGCAAUGAUGGCGGCUCUCAGUGUGGCUCGAAGCAGUUGCGGGCUGAUAAACGGGUUGAGGGCAUCUUUCAGGAGUUUAGCGCCAGUGAAACAUGGCGCAGUCGCCGCCGCGGUGCCGCAGACGAACCUUUUACGAGACUGUCGCUGGUAUUGUGUCAGCCACCUUUCCGUCAAGGAGAGGAUUGACAAGAAACGGAAGGCGGCGCUAGUCGGGGGAGGUCAGAAGAGAAUAGAUGCACAACACAAAAGGGGUAAGUUGACAGCAAGGGAGCGACUGGAGCUCCUGCUGGACCCCGAGUCCUUUGUGGAGUCGGACAUGUUCGUGGAGCAUCGCUGCUCUGACUUCGGCAUGGAGCAGGAUAGAAACAAGUUCCCGGGUGACAGCGUCGUGACAGGCCGAGGCCGGAUCAAUGGCAGGCUGGUUUAUGUUUUCAGUCAGGACUUCACAGUGUUUGGUGGCAGUCUGUCUGGAGCUCAUGCACAGAAGAUCUGCAAGAUUAUGGACCAGGCCAUGACAGUUGGAGCCCCGGUCAUCGGGCUGAACGACUCUGGAGGAGCUCGGAUCCAGGAAGGAGUGGAGUCUCUGGCUGGUUAUGCAGAUAUAUUCCUGAGGAAUGUGUUGGCUUCAGGAGUCGUCCCUCAGAUCUCCCUCAUCAUGGGUCCCUGUGCAGGAGGAGCUGUCUACUCCCCUGCCCUGACAGACUUCACCUUCAUGGUGAAGGACACAUCAUACCUGUUCAUCACAGGACCUGAUGUUGUGAAGUCUGUCACCAACGAAGACGUAACUCAAGAGGAGCUCGGCGGAGCCAAAACUCACACCACCGUGUCUGGAGUGGCUCAUCAUGCAUUUGAGAAUGACAUCGAGGCCUUGCUCAAUAUGCGAGAGUUCUUCAACUUCCUGCCGCUAAGCAAUCAGGAUCCCGCACCUAUCAGGGAGUGCCACGACCCCAGCGAUCGUCUGGUAUCGUCAUUGGACACCAUCGUCCCGUUUGAGUCUACUAAAGCCUACGACAUGCUGGACAUCGUUCACACAAUAGUGGAUGACAGGGACUUCUUUGAAAUCAUGCCCAACUACGCCAAAAACAUUGUGGUGGGAUUUGCUCGCAUGAACGGACGCACUGUUGGCAUUGUGGGUAACCAGCCCAAAGUGGCCUCUGGUUGUUUGGACAUCAACUCCUCAGUGAAGGGGGCCCGCUUUGUACGCUUCUGUGAUGCUUUCAAUAUUCCCAUCAUCACCUUUGUGGAUGUUCCGGGCUUCCUGCCAGGUACCGCUCAGGAGUACGGGGGCAUCAUCCGACAUGGAGCCAAACUGCUGUAUGCAUUUGCAGAGGCCACCGUCCCGAAAAUCACCGUCAUCACCAGAAAGGCUUAUGGAGGAGCCUACGACGUGAUGAGCUCCAAACACUUGAGGGGAGAUGUGAACUACGCCUGGCCCUCAGCUGAGGUCGCCGUCAUGGGUGCCAAGGGUGCUGUGCAGAUUAUCUUCAGAGGAAAGGAGAACCAGGCUGAGGCAGAGGCCGAAUACGUGGAGAAGUUCGCCAACCCCUUCCCAGCUGCUGUCAGAGGUUUUGUGGACGACAUCAUCGAGCCGUCGACCACUCGCAAGAGGAUCUGCAGAGAUCUGGAGGUGCUGGCCAGCAAGAAGCAGGUCAACCCCUGGAAGAAACACGCCAACAUUCCUCUGUGAAACGCGCCCAAGCCGUUUCCACAUUAACGCAAUCUGAAGGCUCUCGCUGUGGGAUUUUCCUGAUACUGACGUCACAUUCAGAUGAACGGUACACUGUGGCGACAACUUGCCUGCCAAGCGGGCGUUUGUGGUCAUAUUUAACUGUCAUUUACCACUCCGCUGAAAGCACCACAUAAAGAUACACUCCCUGAUUUUGGAAGUGUUCAAUAGCAAAUUUCCUUCCAGCUCUCUGCUUAUGUUUUAAAUUAUAAACUAUUUUAAAACUGUGGAGCUGUGGAGAGAGUUUUGGGAACGAUCAGUGCUCUGUAAACAAAAUCAGCAUGUGUAUCUUUACAUCUUCACCACUGAUACACCGUAUGUUAACAGGAAAAUCCUACACACAUUUUACAUUACCUGAACAGUACACUACAGCCGUCACACACAUUUAAGGUCGUCAUGUCAGUAGUGGCCAUAUUGGUGACUAUUGUUGGUAUGAUUUGACCAGAAUAUUUGAGAACAAGAGUGUAUCUGAAAGGGCAGAUUUGGUGUCACCACUGAGGCAACUGAUGAUCGUUUUAGUGGAAAAUGCAAACAUACUGUAGUCUGUUGCCAUGUGUGCUUCCACAGUUGUUAAUGUACUGUAUUUAGUUAUAAAGGGUUCUGGUUUGUAUAGUAGUUUGCUCUUUCAGACACACUCCCUGUGUUUGAUGUCCUCCGUUAAGGUCAAGAAAAAAAAAAAAAAUCAUCCCUACAACCUGGAAGUGUGCCUUUUCUUUGUCCGGCAGGCUCUGCUCUGCCAUUUGUAAAAUAAAUCCUGGACUCAAAACACGUGUUUUGUUUACUUUUAGCAAUG